CAGGACGAUGGAAGAAAUCUUGAAACCAAGGCCGAGGCUAGACAACGACAGGUCGCUGAUAAUGCCCUUGUUGAUUUGCUGCAUCAUGUUCUUUGCCUGCAAAUUUAUUGCGUGCCUCACGGCGGUGGCUUGCGGAGGUAUAAUUUAAUUUGUUCACAUUUUGACGACCUUAUGAAAGCAGAAGCACAGUACUUCAGCGACAAUUCUCUUAUCAUGUCGACGCGGGCGACAAGGCAACAGAGCUGGUGCAGUGCGAGAACACGACCACCGUAGAUGUAAGAUACAUAAAAAUCACAAAUAAAGGUAGCGGUGGCGUCUUUGCCCCCGCCCUGGUUCUCGGCGCCGGACUUGGCGGCGCCUACGGUGGGCUCCUCUCGUACCUUUUCGACGACGCCUACUACCAGCUGCUUUUCGUACCGGUCGGGAUGGUAUGGAUUGCAAAAAUGUCUGGGUCUGGAAGAUUCUGAGACUUGUCAUGCAUGUUUUGCAUUGGCCAUGAUGUCCGUGAUGCAUGCCCUAGCAUCACAGAUUUUUUGAGGGCUUCGCGAUGCCUAUUCCGCAUGACAAAUGCCCUCUCCGCGUAGCAAAAAUUGCGUUCCCUUUGCUGCUCAUGCAAUACAGAUUUUUUUAGAAUCCAAGUGCAGCAUCACAGGUUGCCUUCUUCCAGACCCAGACAUUUUUACAUUUGGUAGAUGGCUGCGGUGUUUUCCGCCAUGAUCCGACUCCCCCUCACGUCGGUGGUCAUUGUGUUCGAGAUGACCAUAUCAAAAGGAAAAAUGCCCCCUCCCCAUAUCGGAAGCGAAAUUUGUGAUGCUGUAUUUGAGUACACAAAUCGACUUGUAUUGCUAGAAGGCCAGGAGACGCAGCUGCGGCCUGAAUUGCAGGCAAUUUGUCAUGCUGUUUCCCACUUCCAGCUGCCUCCUGUCAUGCUGGAGAUGCAAGGCUUUCCCAAAGCUUGCCAGCACUACAGUCCGCAUCUUUUGCCUUCUAGCAUCACAAAGCUGAUUUGUGACCACAAAUCUGCAUCACAGAUUUCUGUUUUGAUAUGGGGAGGGGGCAUUUUUCAUUGUAAUAGACCAGCGUCGCGGGGUCGCAGGACUCGUCGAAAUAUCCUGAGUAAAAACGCCCCCAUACCACAGUCAAGAUUGAUGGGAAAUCUGCUAGACAAAUCGGCCAACUUUGGUUGAUUCGCAUGAAGACAAGCGUGGCCUCGUAGUGUAAUCCUGUUCAGCUAGUUCAGCAGCAUCACAGGCCCAGCAUAUCAUGCUAUUUCUAGCGUCACAAAUCCCAAGACACGACUAGAAAAGACUUCUCAUGGGGCUUCGCAUGAGAAACUUUUUUGGCAUGCAGAUUUGCAUGACAGCUUCGGGGGUGGGAUGGCUUUACUCAGAAUACGAAACUGGUUUUCCCCAUGUUGCUCUGUUCGAUGAUUUCCUACUUCGUCAACUCCGAGGUCCAACCCUCGACCAUGUGGGAUCAUAUGCCUUGCACGCGUUUCGGACUAGGAUGGAUUUUUGCAUCACAGCUUUCAAUAUAGAAGAAAAACGGAAUUGAUUCGUAUUGGGGGGAAAAGGUAGGAAUAGGAAAGCAGAAUUCUCUGCUUUUUUGCAUUGAUUAUGUACUGCUGUGCUGCAAGUGAUUCAUCUUUCUAGUUCGAUACUUUCGAGUCUAAGGCAUAGAGCAGCUGAUGGAGCAGGAUAACAUCGACCCGAAGUCUCUUCAGCAGUUUCUGAACGCCGCUUUGGAGAACCCCAUCAUGAGCCGCAGGUCGAUCCGGGCGAGCAUUUGCAGUGUGAGUGCUGCGAACAACGACAACUUUCUUGGAGGAGGUAACAAUGGCAAUUUCGCCACGACCAACAUGAACAAUGCAGCGAACAUGGGUUCAUCUGCUGUCUCGGGUAACAACGAAAUUGGAAAUCAAUUUGGGGCAGCCGCGACGAGGGUAAGCAUGAGCCGAGGCAUGGGCGGGGGCUUCAAUCUGGAACGGUUCUCAAUGCGAGGUAUACUUUUUCAUGUUUGUUUUCGCAAGGUCGUGGAGUCGUGUAUCCAUGCCGUGAAAUAAGCAGAUCAUUGGAACACCGGGACCAGAAAGUCAUUCUUCUCCUCAAACCGAUCACUAUCACUAAUCUAUCAGCAUCUCUCGCCGCACCGAUGAAGCGCGAGAACUCGGCCUUGAGUAGUGCGAGUUCGAUUCUCCCUCGGAACUUCAGCAGCGCGAAUGAGGGCGAUAUGACGGGAGGAAUGCAUCAGGACAUGGUUAGAGAGGCACUGAAAAGGAUUAUUGCGAAUCAGGUACUGAAUACUAUCCCUUGAUGUUCUUGAGGUCGACAUUAAGUUUGUCCUUGUCUCACACCAGCAUGACGAGCAUGAAGUUUUGAUGUGCUACAGCUUCAUCUAGAAGUACAGUAUUUCGUGCUGCAACAUCAAGGCCCACUGCGCCAAAAAUAAUUAAACCUGCCUUCCCAGCCCGCAGCCGCCCGCGACCAGCAAACGCUGCGGAUGACGACUGGCGCGACGCCGAACGUUGCGGGGCAGAAACGGAUGUCCCUGUCCAAGCCAAACGGAAACUACCAGGUCAAACAGAGCCGGUCCCAGGGGCCCUCGCGGCGCGAGUCAGCCGUGGCGUUCGUGCAGCAGAGGCUGAGCAUGUAUCCUGAGUAAAAACGUACCCACGACAGAGUCAGGAUGGGGAUUUUGCAACACAAACCUAGGAGUUUUGUGAGUCACGCGUGACAAGUUGCACUCUGCAGUGUAGUGCAGGUUAGCAAGUGCAGCCGCAUCACAGAUUCAUCUGCUCAUCCUGUUCACAGCAUCACAAAUUCCAAAACACUAUUGGAAAUGGCUCUCAUGGGGAUGCGCAUUACAAGUCUUCCUGUCUUUGCAAAUCUGCAUUACAACUCUGGCGUGGGUACGUUUUUACUCAGGAUAGCAUGGCCUUCGGCGCAACGUCUUCGAGCAGCGGUGCGAAUAAUGGCGACGUGUCGCCGACCCAACAAGUGGACGCGAUUCUGCAAAACGCGGGGCUGGUGAAGCAGCACAGCGUCACGGGGGCGAUGGUUCCUCCGGGUGUAUCCUUCCUGGGCGGGGGAGGUGGCCCGGACCACCAGCAACGGGUGAGCGCCAACGGCAAUUUGCCCCCGGCCUCUCCCCGAGACACGCUCACCAACGGGCACAGCCAAACGCACAUCAACUUUGAGGCGUCCAUAUGCAUUGCAAAAGUAUCGUACUCGUAUAAAUGCAUUACAAAUUUCCUCAGCGUGAGAAAUAAAAUUUGUAAUGCGGAUUUGCCUUAACAAGAUGACUUGUAAUGCAUGACUGCAAUACGAGCGCGAUACUUUUGCACAGGAUAGUCCACGACGAGUGCGAUGCCUAUGAAAUCCGUGUCCCACGCGAGCUAUCAAAUGCAAAAAUGUCUGGGUCUGGAAGAACAACUUGUGAUGCGCAUUUCAGAACACAGGAAAAUCUCUAAUGCAUAGGCAGCAAAAGUUACCCACUAUCUGUCACCAAAGUGGGGGGUUUGUCAUGCGGAUUCGGCAUUGCGGAAGCUUCUCGAAACCUGUGAUGGGAGAGCUUCCAUGCCAGACCUUCUGUGUCAUGCAAAAACAGCAUGAGUCUUCCAGACCCAGACACUUUUACAGUUGAUACGAGCCGGGAGUCGCGGACUGGCUCGUUUCGGUCCUGAAAGAACCGGAAGUCAUGGAGACCAUGCGCGAGAGACAGACGUCGUGGUGGUUUCCAGGGGAGGAUUUUGUGUUUUCGCAGUUUGGUGUUUGCUAUUCCCACUCAAUUUCUUCGAGAUCAGAUGAAAGAAUCGGUAUCUCGUACUCGUUCGACAACAGGUGAAUACUUUUUCAUUUCAACUUUCGACAGUACAACAGGGAAGGUAUUAGACGAACAAAUCUAGUGACGACGAGCAAAGUAGUGUACGUUUCGACAUACUUCUAGACGAACAACAUAUGUUACUGUCUCCAGUAUCGCAGUAAAGAUUUUUCGCAAAAGUAAUUAAUGGUCAGGACAAGAACAAAAAUGAAAAUCAAAAUCAUACAAAAGCAGAUUCAAGCAGAUUAUGAACGGAGUGCAAAACUCCGGGCAACAAGUAUUUAGACGCUUCUUGGUAUUAUGCUUUUCUUUUCAAAACAAGGUAAAGGGUCUUCAAAUUUUCGGGCUGAUUCAUCUCAAAUCUUCCUUUCACAGACUUUCCGCGUAGUUGCAAUGCGCCCUGGCACGAAUCAGUGGCGAAGUAGAAAAAGGAUUUCGCUAGUAGAGCAGAAUCGACGAUUUGGGCACGAUUUAACAACAGAUUGUAGAUACCCUUGCGCCAGCAGAUCUUUCCGUCUCGAUCUCGAGACUGAAGUUUCAGUCGAAAGAAAUAUGCUUCUCAU